GGAUUUUGUGGUCCAUAGAUUGAGUCAGUUAGGUUGUGUCACUCAGGGGGUAGAAGUCUAAGUGGUGAGGAGUGGAACUACUGUCCAGUUGUGCACCUGACACCAUGGUUGACACUCGUAGUGGGAAGAGCACUACCCCUUACACCCAGGCUCAAGAGGAGCAAGCCGCCGCUAUUUUAAGUGAGAGAAAAGAGAAGAGGGAGAAGAAGGAGUUCCUUAAGCAGGCGAAGUUGAAGAUAAUCGCAGAGGAGCAGGCGACGAAGAAGAAAAAGUUGGAGGAGGAGCUAAAAAGAGUAAAACAGGAAGAGGAAGAGAAGAUGAAGGUUGCAGAAGAAGAGGACGUAGAGGAGGAGGAGCAGUUAGAAGAAGAACAAUCCCUCGAAAGGAGGCGUGCGGGAGGAAGAGGAGAGAGCAGUGGUACGAAGGAGAAUGACCCGUGGGUGGAGAAGAAGAUAAGCGAGUGGGAGAUGUCUUACUUCUGGAAAUGUCUGCAACAGUCUAUCUUGACGAGAUUCCUGACUACCUUUUUGUUUCCUUUUCCGAUCACACUUUCCGUUGGGGAAGGACCGUCUGAACUCAGGACAAGGGGACAGGCUGAUAAGAAGAGAGAAGAACUGUUGGCUUUGUGGAAUCAGUUUCUGAUUGAGGUACAACUAUCUGGACCGGAUGCUGAGCAACACAUCCGUGAUAAUUUCGAUCUUCAGGAGGUUGAAGACUGCCUGAAGAAGUCUAUCACGGCUGUGGAGGUUGUGGCAGCCGGUACAGAGGCCUCCAAACUGAUUGCUCAGGGGCGACAGACUCUAGACCAUUUUGCUUUGAAGCAACUGGAAGAGAUUAUGGAAGCUACUCGUAAAGGGGAGGUGAAACCAGAAGUAAGUGAGGAAACGAUUGAUGUUAACAUCCAGCAGCUCAGAGAUACUCUGGCUGCCAAAGAAAGAAAGAAGGAAGAAUUAGUCAGAAGAAGAGAACAGGAACAGCGAAGGGGACAAAACGUUAAAGAGAUCAGACAAGUCAUAGGAACAGAAGUCGGUGAACAGACUGACAUGUCACAAACGUUGGCUCAUAUUGUGACAUAUCUUACCUUUCUUGAGGAGAAGAUUGAUAGACAACAAAAUCAGUUGGAUGAAAUCACUGUUGGAUUGAGAACAAUUGUUAAUAUUGUGAAAGGUAAGAAUCAAAUUCAGGGAGAAGAAGAACAAGAAGAGAAGAAGGAGAAGAAAGAAGUAAAGAAGUUGAUGGGGGACGCAAUAAAGUUUGUUGGUCCCAUGAUAAAGACAAUGACUAAUGGAAGUGGAUCCAAUGGAAAUGGAUCAAGUCCACCAUCUACUCCUCACUCUUCUCAUUCUUCUAAGUCUACUCCUAAAGAAACUCCAGAAAAGACAAGCACUGAACCCGAAAAACCGAAGAAGAAAGAAAAGGUGAAGAUGAAGUUGCCAUUUAUGUUUUGCAACAAGAAAGAAGAAAGUCUGUUGCUGUGGAUUGCAGAAAUCCAGACGUAUGUGAGUACCGCACCGGUCGAGCCGGAGUCCCAAGUCGCGUUCACCACUUCUUGCAUGGGUGGUGAGGCCAAGCAAUGGGUGUUGGCUGAGGCCAAUGCGGCGGGUUUCGAAGAUAUCGGUGAGUGGGCAAAGACAUUGACGCUGAAACAGUUCUUGGCAAAAACCAGGGACCGUUUCCUCGACAAGACGACAGCCGACAAGGCCUUUGACCAGUUGACGUCAAUUGGUCAAAAGGAUUGGACGUCAGUUGAGGCUUUGUCCCGAGAAGUUGACCGAUUGUUGCGGGUUCCAGGAUUGAACUUGCAGGACAGCCAAGUGUUGUACAUUUAUUCCCGCGCGUUGCCUGAGCCCCUCCGGGGACACUUAGUCACUGAAGCGAAAUCCGCGGUAGUCAAGUCUGGAGGAGGAGGAGGAAGACAGUACAAUGGGAAACGAGUUCUCUGGCGACAGAAGCGUCAGGACCACACCCUUGUCGUCUUUGAUGACGAUACAGUGGAAAAGUGGCCGAACGAGGAGAAUGAUAACAACAGUGACUCCGGGAUGGGGGGAGUCACCGCUGUUGUGGCCAAUAAGGGAGGACCACCCAUGACAGGAGGGAAGAAACAAAGAGCGUUUCCAUGGCACCCUGGCAUUGCUGAUGGGAAGUCAUGGGUCGAAAUGGGUAUGACUAGAAAUACUUCGCAUGAGCGCAUGGACAAUGCGCAAUGUCUCAAGUGCGGCACAACGGGACAUGUGAUCGCCUACUGCCCUCAGAUCCGGAACCCAAAAGCGAACAGCCAACUGUCACAAGUUUUGAAGAAUGGUGGGAUUAUGAGAGGGAACUGGAUGAAUAACAACGGAGGUUUUGGUAAUAAUUUUGGAGAUAUGGGAAGCAAUGGAGGCAACAGAGGAUGGGGAGGAAAACAAAACGGACCACAGUGCUAUGAUUGUGGGAAGUACGACCAUAUCGCUCGGGAGUGUUGGUUCGAGCGAGGAAGAACGGCUCAGCAGGAUGACGAAAUGCAUGUCUUCGUCAUAGACCUGAAGGAGAAAGCUGAAGAAAGGAAGCGGAGAGAGGAGGAACAUAAGAAACUCAGGGAGGAUGAAGAAAGGAGAAGGGAGACAGAUAUGGCAAGAAGAACGGAGGAGCUCAGACUGCAACUCCAAGUAGAGAUUGUUGAUAUGCGGAAGAAACAGCAAGCAAAAGCGGCAACCAAGGCUAGGGAACAAGAAUCAAGGCAACAAGAUCUAAAACGUACUACUCCGAAGAAUGUCCUUAGGAUAUCACCUCACAGCAAGCUGAUUCCUAAGGAGAAAGAGAGAAAGAAGAAGUCCAAGAAACAAGCUGCGAAGACCGCCCUGGAGAUUCUUGAGUCCUCAACAUCCACCACGGAAGAUAGUAGUAGUUCGGCCUCCGAGAAAUCUUCGGACUUCGGGAAGGAGAUGACGCAGAUCGCUAAACUGCUCAAGGAAGAAAAAAAGAAGGCAUGGGCCAAGAAGAAGAAACGCGUCACCAAGAGGACGACCAAGAAGGGCCCUAUCGGUACUAUGGAGAAGGGAGAAUGUUCUAUGAGAUCUAACUCACCGACUCCACCCACCAAGGGGAGCCCCAUCGAGCCUAGGACGCCUCUCAUGGGAGGAUACAAAGGAAUCGCGGCGGGAUGCUCGAAGGAAGGUUUUAUGGACUACACACUCGCAGUGAUGAAGCAAUAUUCUGCUCAGAAAACGUCACAACUUCGGUGGCUGUGCACGAAGCACGAAAUUAAGUCUACCAAAAAGAACAACAUGGUCAUGGAGCUGGUGAGAAGGCAAACAGAUUUGGCUUACGUAGGUUUCUUCGGUACUCCACUCACUACGAAAACUACUUCCUUGAAGAUCAAGCUCGAAACCGCGAAAGUUUCCGGGUCACCACCACGAGCUACCAAGUCUUCGAUUACGAGGGGAAAGGCGAAGCUCUCUGAGAUUCCGAGGAAGAUACUGUGAUCGGCGCCCGCUGUCGAGUCUGACCAUGAGUUGGGUCCAGCAACGGAACAGGAGUCUGAUUGACGGUGGCAACCCUCUACCGC